GAUUUUCAAAGAUGUGAUAAAGCGGAAUGCUUCUCCUUGCAAAGUUACAAGAUAAAAAAUAACUUUGCAAAAGUAUUUAACUAUUCGACGUCUUGCGCCACCAGUGGAGUGGUCCGCAUUAGCUUGAUCUUUCAAUUUCAUGUUUUGCAGCAGUCCCAGCAGCCUUGCUACUUUUCAUCUGCUUGCUUUACUGAAGCGCUUGCUUUUCCUUGCAGCAGCAUUAUCAUCAACCGAGCUUUACGAAGAUUACGAUACUCACCCCUACGUAGCAUUCGGAUUGAGUAUUACGACCACUAGGUUGCAAGUACGCAGCAGUGGCCGUCCAUCCACGACAACAACUGGGGCACGACUUACAGCAAGUAGUUGCAGUGACAAUCGCGAUCAGACCGUGCCUGUUUCAGCGUCGGGCAGAACAAGCGUUCCCUUGUGUAGUAACGCUGCAGCAGGUGGUGGACAAGGACAAAGCACAAGUAGACAAUUUCUACUCGCAGGAGGACCCGCCUCGCAAGUAGAAGAACCACGACGUGUAGCAGCGGUUAAGAAGAAUCCUGCUCCUGCUGCACCAAGCGGACUACUUUCGCCGCCUACUUUUUCCUGCUCUUUUUCUUUCGACGGAGUUAGUAAUAUCCUCGGUGCUCCUUCUUGUCGCUGCGACCUGGCUUGCGGGAACCUUGGCGUGAACACAACUAAUAACAUGACGGUAGCUGCGCCGGAGCAUGAAGACGUAGUUCCGAAAACGACACCAGGUGCGUAGUUCCGAAAACGACACCAGGUGCGUAGUUCCGAAAACGACACAAGGCCGUGAGAGGCCUUGGCCUUCUUGCACCAGGACGCAUCUGUUAUUAUUCAGGGGACCCUUGCGGGGUUGGUUUCCGGUGAGGGAUAGUCCAACGCAUCGGCAGGUGGUUGCCCAGGGCUGCUGCCCGCUUCCUCAGGUCAGCCUAGUGGCUGGAAGACCCGCUGUCUGGGUGCUUACAACUAGGCUUCUCGCCUUCUAGCUGUCGGAGUAGGUUCCGCGCCGGGUGCGCCUUGCGGUAGAUGCGGUUGACGCGGAUUUUCCCGUGCGGGAGGUGGUUUGCCAGCUCGGCUUGCCUGGGUUGAUAUCGGAAGAUGGUACUACUUCUACGGGAGGAGACGCGUGGUUUCUCGGCCUGCAGGAUUUCUUUUCCUCCCUGGUGUCGGCGGACGGGUCUUGGCUGUAGAGUCGGUGGCCUGGGGUGUGCACUCUAACAGCUUCGACUGGCUCGCUGGGGCGCAAUACUAGUUGAGUUCACCGCGCUCACAAGCGGUGAGAAGUUAGUCGCGUUGCUUUUCCAACUACGUUCCGUAGACUGACGCAGGCACGCAGGGCGCGCGCUUGGCCCAGUGAAGCGCCUCGACGACUAUGUUGACGGGCGGCCUUCGAGGUUGUCCCCCUUCUCUGUCUCUCGUUUACUUUUCGGCCGCUCGGGGACCGUGUGAGGCUUCGAUGCCACUGUAGGGGGCUUGGUCAGUCUCCGUUUGGUCUAGUCACGACUGCGCGUCGCUUUUUCCUUUCUCUCGCGGUUUGCCGCCUCCCUUGUCUUCGUAGAAGGAGGGAUGAGGUUUACAGUUUGCAGGCCCGCUGCGCCGCCCUCGUCGAUCAUGGUUAGGCUGCUGUCUCGCUGCCCCGGAUACAGCCUCACCCGGACUGCCAAGCACUAUGAUAUCCUGGGUAGUUGCGUUUGCGCUCUGCUGGUUGCAGUGCAUUCUCCACGGGAUGGCUUGCACGCCGGUGCAUUCUUCGGCUGCUGGGGCCCGUUCUGCAUGAGCGACCUGCGCUAGCUGUCUGCUCCUGGCGGGAGCCGUAACAGUUUCGCCUUGCUGGUGUUCGGGGUUGAAGCGCAUGCUCGGUGCCCGCCGCUCAUCAUCUCAUUUUCGAGGUGGUGCUUCGGGGUAGAUCAUUUUCGAGGAGUGACUGGAGGGAGUAUUCCCCCGUGACUGUUUGUAUAUGGGCUGGCAGAUCCCUAGAAGCUAAUGCCUGUAGUUGUUGGUCUUCCGCCCCUUUGAGUGGGGUCGUUGGAAGGAGCCAACGCAGACGCUGUCUGCCGUUUGCGUAUUUGGAUUUCGCUGUGAAGGAUGCACUUCUUUUCCCCCUCCCUCCCACACAAGUGGCCGCUCACGUCGUGCCGGUUCGCCCGGACAGACGUGUUGGUGAUGGAGUGGGCCGUUCCCCGCUACGGAAGCUAGGUCCGGCCUGCUUCGCCCAGCCCCUUCAGGCUCGUUCCAACGGGCCGCUUGGGCGGUGUUGGCUCUGUCUGGAUAACACUCGGAAGGAACGCAGCGAAAAUGACGGUAGCUGCGCCGGAGCAACAAGACGUCGUUCCGAAAACGACACCAGGUGCGGAGUUAUUAGUGACGGAUGCACCCCGGUGCAUCGUUUUCGAGUAAGUGACGGCAAGUGCGCUCGCACAUCUGAAAGGGCUGGCAGAUCCCUGGUAAGCAAAUGCAAGGGGUACGACUGGACCCGCUCUCCAUGCGGGGGUCGUGCCAACAAUUUUUCUCUCAGCUGGACCCAGUUAAGAGUGACUGGGGGCUGUGGUUUGCCGAGGUGGUCGCAGUGUUUGCGCCUCGAUGACAUGACUGUGGGGUGCAUGAUGGUAGGAUGCCAGAAUAGGUUUUUGCGUCUCGAUGGCAUGACUUCGGUUUGCCGAGAUGAAAGUGGCGCGAGUUUUUCGCCUCUCGAUGACAUGACUGUUGCGGACCCAGCGGGCGGGGUGAGUUUUGCCUUUCGUUUGGGUGCAUGGCUGUGUCUGCCUCUUUCUGGGCAGGGCUGGGGCUUUCUUGAUCUCAGAGGGGCUGUUGCCGGGUCUCAUGGCGAUGCCGCGAUUUAGGCCGGCUUGUGGCCGCUGGCGGUCAAAUUUUGGUUUGGGAUAUUUCGGCGGCUUUUCUCUCGAUGGCACGGCUUUGGGGUGCUAUAAUAGUUGUGACGUUUGAUAUCCGGCUAACUUCCGCUACUCAUUCUGGUAUUGGUUUGGCUUCGCGAUGCUUGCACGGUUAGAGUAUUCUUGGGUACUCACUCGAGUCAGGUAGCUGGUGAUGGGGAAAGGAGUUCGAGUGUUUGGGGCCAUUUUCGCGGAUGUUUUGAUUUGGUGUCCGAAUUUAGGGGGGUUUUGAGGCUGUGCGUUGUAACGCAGAGGGGUUUUCAGUUGGUCGCUUCCCUAUUUCGCGGGCAUUUGUGUUGAGGAAGUAGCCGCGGGGCUGUUUUUCCCCAGGAUAUGGCUGUGGCAUACCGAGGCAGUCAGGCCUCGCCGGCAUGUUUGUGGAUCGCCAGGGGCGGGCCGUCGGUUAGUUUCGGGCUUGUUGAUGAAGGGCGGGUUCUUGUGGAAUAUAUUCCCUAGGGUAUUGUUCGUUGGCCUUACACCUCUCGCUUGGCUCUGGGCACUGGCGGUUCAAACCCGUUCAUCCUAUGACCUCGUGGGGGCUGUUGGUCAGUAACAUGCCUAGUUCCAGGGCCAGGCGAGCAGUCAGGUGUAAGGUCAAAAUCAUGCACGGAGGUGGACCUUUUGCCCGCUCCUACUUCUUAAGGUGAUCGCCAUGGAACUUUCACAGCACCGGGCGGCAGCGAGGUAGUCUCGGGGGUAGUUCGGUCUCGGGUGUCCAAGGCAGCCUCCUCUUGGUUGUGGCUGGAUGGGGUUUUUCGGCUCUUUGUUUUUGCGAUGGGAAGUAGGUUUUCAGCUGAAUCGCAUCGGUUCUGCUCAGUUGCUCCAGGGCGGCUCUCUGUCCACUUGGAGUGAAUGCCUGCGCACUCUUUUCGAGCAACAAGACGUAGUUCCGAAAACGACACCAGCUGCGGAGUUAUUUUUGACAUAUCCACCCCGGUAGAACAUUUUCGUGGAGUGACUGGAGGGAGUUUCCCCCCCUUCCGUUCUUGUAUAUGGGCUGGCAGAUCCCUAGAAGCUAAUGCCUGGAGUUUGUUGGUCUUCCGCCCCUCUGAGUGGGGUCGGGGAAGGAGCCAACGCGGACGUAGUCCGCAAGAUUCGCUGGAUAGUUUGCUUUGUGAUGAAUUCACUUCGUUCUCGCGUUCUAAUGAAUGGUAGCUCAUGUGCUCAGAGUGCACCGCAGUGCCAUUCCGCCACUGAGGGCGCUUCCCAGCGGGGAAGGGUGUUUUAGGAUGUUUGGAUCUAAUGGAUGGUAGCUCAUGUGCUCAGAGUGCACCGUAGUGCCAUUCCGCCACUGAGGGCGCGUCCCAGCGGGGACGGGUGAUUUAGGAUGGUUGUGCUCUAAUGGAUGGUAGCUCAUGUGCUCAGAGUGCACCGUAGUGCCAUUCCGCCACUGAGGGCGCUUCCCAGCGGGGAAGGUGGAUUCCGGAUUGUUUUGCGGUUUUUGGACUAGUUGUAGUGGCGCUGGAGCAGAUCGAGAUGCGAGCAAGAUGCUUAUUGCUAUUCCCUAUUUUCGAGCCCUUGUAAAUGUGGGCCCUUCUCUGUUUUCGCCUCUCAUUCGAGCUGGAUACUUCCGUACGGGCUCUGGCAAGAUUCUCAAACUCGGGGUCCUAGAUGGGCUGGCUGGAGAUUGCUUUUGUUCGCGUGUCCAAGGUUUAUAGAGUUGUGCCGGAGAGCCUUAUGGUGCUGGAUCAGGGUGCUUGGCGAUGGCCUUGCGCGGGUUGGUCUUGCUGACGGAUGGUUUGUUUCGGAGGGUUGGUUUCGGAUGCGCGUAUAGCUCGCAUCCCGUUGGGGGCGCGGAUCAAUUGUCUGCUCUGUCCUGCCUGUUGGCCGUUCCAAUUUUAGGCGGGGGCCGAGGUCUUUCUACACAUUGCCCACGCAAGGACUCUUCCUGGAGGCGGACACGUCUUUCAGCGUGUCGUAGGACUAAGUACUCACUGCUUCGCUUUGUUGAUGUUGCGGUCUGGCGCGCCUAGUACCGCGUUGAAACCUCCCUGACCUGAGGCACUUCUGUUUUCGGGAGGCUAGGCGCCUCGCAGCGCUGGCACUACACUUAUCUCGGGGGCUGCCUUUUCUUUUUCGGAUUCGCUUUGCCGCUUCAUCUGCACCAGGGGAGCUCCGCUCUGUCCUCGGUCUCGCCUGGCUUUGGGAACAGGGGUCGUUUGGCACUGGCGGUACCCAAUCCGUUACCCUUGCGAACUUGUUCCCAGGCUGGGGCUGGUGGUUCGGUGUCUCCUUCGUUUGCCCUCUGUUCCCAUUGCGGGGCGAGGCCGGGGCUUUGUCUCUUGGAUGCUUGCCCGCGCCAAAAUAUGCCUGUGGCGCGUGCGUUGCUAUUGUGGGAAGGCCCAGCUGGGCCGGGGUCGAGCAACGAGCCGUAGCAACAAGACGUAGUUCCGAAAACGACACCAGCUGCGGAGUUAUUAGUAGUAGCCUCCAAGAACGAUAAGCAAGACGCUGCUGUACAAGUGGGCAGUGCACCGGGAACGGCAGGACCAGGAGUGGCGCCGGUUGAAAACAAAGGCGUGAACAACAAAAUGCGGAGCCCAGCGCAGCAUAAAGCUAUCUACUGCAUCCGGCACGGGACCAGCUGGCACAAUGUCGCGUUUGUGAACAAUCACUUCUCCAAAGAUGUUUUUUUCUCGCCGAGACUUCACGACAGUCCUCUGAUGAAGCAAGGCCACUUAUCAGAAUGAAAAAUGCCCCCACCCCCGAACUUGAAAGCAUUUGUAUUGCAAACCUUUCCAAAUGAAACAUUCGCCCUCUUGCACCUAUCAGCAUCACAGGUUUCCAACCGUGAAUAGCGAAAAUUUGUAUUGCAAAAGACCCCAGCAAGAGCGGCGCUUGUCAUGCAAGCGAUGCGAUACACGCCUAGACUCCGCAUCAGAAAGAUUCAUACUCGUUUCAUGCAUGACAAAAAGUUUUCAUUUGGAAACUCCGCAUCACAAAUUUUUGCAAUUUGAGGGGUGGGGGGCACUUUUCACUGUAAUACCACUUAGAAGCGCAGGAGUUCGGGUUGAAAAGUGACUUUGCCAAGAACGUGAAGGACAAACAGAAGAUUGAUUUGGUGCUGGUGUCUCCCCUCUCCCGGGCCAUCCAAACCCUGUCAAACAUCUGGAAGGACCAGAUUCUGGAAUUUUUCCCGGAAAAUUUUCCAGCGGACAAGUGGGGCGUUGCGGAUGCGGAAGACGAAGAGAUUUGGGCCUGGACCUCAGAUAUCAAGUGCAAAAAUGUCUGGGUCUGGAAGAGUCAUGCAGUUUUUGCAUGACACAGAAGGUCUGGCAUGGAAGCUCUAGCAUCACAGGUUUCGAGAAGCUUUCGCAAUGCCGAAUCCGCAUGGCAAGUCCUCCACUUUGGUGACAGAAAGUGGGCAGCUUUUGCUACCUAUGCAAGAGAGAUUUUUCUGUGUUCUGAAAUGCGCAUGACAGUUUUGCACUCUUCCAGACCCGGACAUCUUUGCAGUGCAUACCAGAAAAGACGAGGAUGACUGUGUCUUUGGAUGAGUUGAAAAAGCAGCGGCUGCAGUUUGAAGAGAAGAACAAGAUCCGGUUUGUCGCGACCGAAACGCUGCUGGAGUACGCCAUUGGGAUGACCCCGAACGUGCGCCAGGAAACAGCAACGCUGAAGAAGUGGUAUCCGUGGGUGGAUUUCGAGACAUUGGUAGAACAAGAGGAAUAUCCUGUGCAAAAGGUUUUUAUCGUACUCAUACUAAUUCAAUUCUUGCAUUCAUGCAUGAGAAGCAGAAGUCUAGAACCUUCAUCAAUACCUGAUCCAGCAUGACAAGUUGCAUUCUUAUUUUCCCUGUAUUGCGAAAAUUUUCUAUGCGAUUUUUCCAUCAUUCUAGUACGAUCAUGCUGUUGCAAUGCAUAAGGAAAAGCACGAGGUCAACGUGUACGACUUGGCCAAGACAGCCUCGCACGUGAACCUACGCACGGCAAAUGCGUCUGGGUCAUCUGGAUUUGUGAUGCGAAAUUUGAAGGACAGUGAGCAUUUGUGAUGCAUGAUUUCGAUUGGGUACUUUUUUUUUGUGAUGCUGUGAGACCCACUUUGUCAUGCAAAACACGGUAGUAGAGCAAGAACUCCCAAUAGAUCAUACCACCGGAGAUGAAAUUUGUGAUGCGUGGAUACCGUCGUGCAAAAGAUCGGGCUGUCGUGCAAUUAUACUCAGCAACGCAAAUUCGCCGCGUCCUGCGAGACCACAGAUUUUUGCAUUCGAUAGCGCCCUGAAUUUGUCGAAACCUACCACCUAUCAAAUGUAAAAAUGUCUGGGUCUGGAAGAUUCUGAGACUUGUCAUGCAUGUUUUGCAUGACCCAGGAUGUCUGCAAUGCACGACCGCGCAUCACAGAUUUUGCGAGAGCUUCCUGAUGCCUACUCCGCAUGACAAACGCCCUCCCCUCGUAGCACAAACUAGACUCCUCUUGCUGGUCAUGCAAUACAGAUUUUUCUAGAGUCCAAAGUUAGCAUCACAAGUUCCAAUCUUCCAGACCCAUACACUUUUACAUUUGAUACCACCUGGACGGAAACGCGGUCGCCUUCGACUAUGAACUGCAAAAGUAUCGUAUUCGUAUAAAUGCAUCACAAAUUUCUUCAGCAUGAGAAAUUUGUAAUGCGGAUUUAUCGCAAUAAAGAGAUUUGUAAUGCAUGACUGCAAUUAAUACUACGAACGAGUGCGAUACUUUUGCAGUUCACAUCGACCCGAAGCUAACCAAGGGAGUCUCCUUCCCCCAAGAGACGAAAAGCGCAUUGCAGCACCGGAUCCAGCUAUCGCAAGAAAAAACUGUUUCACUGUGAACCUGUAAUGCAGAAAAUGGAACACAGAACUAUUUGUCUUGCUACACCUGCAAGACAUUGGAUUUUCAAGCGUGUUUUCCCUUGGGCAACGCGCAUGGAAAAUUUUCGGUGUCAUGUGUGUCAAACUUGUGAUGCAAAUCUUGCAAAACCAUCACAGUGAAAUAGUUUUUUUUGGGAUACCAGCAGUUCAAAAAGCUGGUGUUGACGAACGAGCUUACCCAACAGGCGAAGCAGAUCGCCGUGGUGGCGCACAGUGGUAUUCUGCAACUGAUGAUGUUUGGCGAGUUUUUAUCCUGAGCAAAAACGUCCCCGCCCCAGAGCCAAGAUGAGGAAUCUGCUAGACAAAUCAACCAGAUUUGGUUGCUGCGCAUGACAAGUUUGGCCUUGUACUGUAAUCCUGUUUGACUAGCUCAGAAGCAUAACAGAUCUAGCAUAGCAUGCUGAUUGGAGCAUCACAAAGCCCAGAACACGACUAGAAAAUGCUUCUCAUGGGUCUGCGCAUGAGAAACAUGUGAGGCAUGCAGAUUUGCAUGACAACUCUGGGGCGGGGACGUUUUUAUACAGGAUUUCUUGGGGAGCGGUUCCACAAGGACCCGUUGAAGUAUGAGAACGCCGAACUCCCCCUCCCCCUCAUUUGUCAUGCGAGCACCCAAAUCCAGUUGCUGCUUUGUGGCACUGUUUGCAUAAUACAAAUUUGGGGAGCCCAUCAAACAGUACUACGUACACUGAGCGCAUGA